AUAACUUAGACUUUACAACAUCCUGCAGAAUUUCAUUUACUGAAAUAAACUCUUCGAUUUGUUUUCUUGCGGGAAGUCGUCAGUGUAGUUGCCACACUAAUUGUUGUUGAUCUGUUUUCAUCUUUGCACACAUUUGAUUAUUUUCAAUAAAUCCGAAUGUAAUAUUUAUAUCAGUUUUUCAUGUUAUCUAGGUUUUGAAGCUCAUUGUGUGGAACCUUGAUGAAGGGUGCAAUUUCUCGGAAGUGUGUCCUGAUAGUGAGAAUAGUUACAGAGAAAUAACUUGUUUUCGUCAGAAAUUUCUUGGAUGGAUUGCAGGAUCACAAAAUGAAAAAUUCCAAUUACUCAAGUAUAUGUGUCUACAGUUUUUGAUUUACACGAUUUAUUUUUGUUUGAGAAUAUUCUUAUUUGGAUAAACAAAAGAGGGAAUUUAUGCUUAUAUCUCAUUUAAACUAAAAGGAAGGUGCAUUACUGAAUUAUAAAUUCAAGUUUACCUCGAAGGAAUUAUUAAAAAUAGGCAUUACUUAAAAAAAAAAUUACAAAAUGGAAAAACCGUACGCCUGUGGUUUAUGUAAUGAAGCCUUUUCUCAGGCCAAAAAUUUAAAGGAACAUUUAGUGACUCAUAGAAAAAAGAAACUGUAUACAUGUGGCAUAUGCAAUAAAAUUUUAACUCAACGGAAGCGUGUAAAGCCACAUUUACGAACUCAUACGAAAGAAAAACUCUUUGUAUGUAAUGUAUGUCAUAAAGCAUUUUCUUCAAAAUGGAAUCUGGAAAGACAUUUAUGGAUACAUUCGAAAGAGAAACCGUUUGCAUGCGACAUCUGUGAUAAAAUGUUUUCUCAGAAAUCGAGCUUAAAAGCCCAUUUACGUAUCCAUACGAAAGAAAACCCAUAUUCAUGUGACAUUUGUAAUAAAAUAUUUUCCGCUAAAUGGAAUUUAAUGAAUCAUUUGAGGACGCAUACGAACGAAAAACCCUAUCCAUGUGAUCUGUGUAAUAAAGCCUUUUCAAGCAAUUCGGAUUUAAAGAGACAUUUACGUAUUCAUUCGAAAGAGAAACCAUUUUCAUGCGAUAUUUGUAAUAAAACAUUUUCUCAGCGGCCGUAUUUAAAAAUACAUUUACGAACUCAUACGAAAGAAAAACCUUUUGUUUGUGACAUCUGUAGUGACAAAUUUUCUUAUAAAGCAGCUUUAAAGAAACAUUUGCUGACACAUACCACAGAGAAUGAUUAAGCUGUACACUUGGAACCUUUACUAAUUUUAAUACAAAUCAAAGGGAACUGUAUAUUUGAAUAAUAUGUUAUUUAAAGACCUUUUUAUGAAUGAUUUGUAUGAAACGUAACAUAGUAAAUUUUUGGAUGUUGUGUUUUAAAUAUUGAUGAUUGUCUUGCAGGGAUGCAUCCAAACAUUAUUUGAUACCAUGAUUAGUAAGCAGGCAAGUCCAAAAAUUGUAU